CAGGAAAGGCAGCACGAGCGCAACGUGAAACUAACUCUGCUGACGCAUCAGACGAACGGAACGGGCUGCGUGAGGGAUAAAGCUGCUGCUAAGGGCCUAGGUAGUGAAGAGAAGGUGCUGAAGAGUCUCUGCAUGGGUCGGUUGUACAGAACCGCUGUGGUGACGGUGCUUCUGCUGUCGGUGCUGUCCCCGACGUGCCAGGUGUUCGGCGUGAAGCUGUGCGGGAGGGCGUUCCUGCGGGCCACGUUCCUGGUCUGCGGGAUGCACAAACGCUCCGGACACGACGCCACCAGACAACAAGACUUCUCAGAGUCCAGACCACCCGGUUACCAGCCACCCUCCAUCAGGACGUCCCGAUCUUCACUGCUUCACGACGAUGUCUCGGUCCGCUCGACGCUGUCCAGUUUGCCCACAUACUCCACCACCAAGCUCCCGACUUUGGCGCCAUUCGACUUCUGGAACGUGGCCUCCGUCAUAGAUCUCGCGAGAUUGUCCGCCGACGAGACGAGAGAAGAGGAGAAGAGAAGAGGAAGGGGGAGGGGCAGGGCUAGGGGAAGGGGGAGGCCGCGAGGUCGUGGGCGGUACGCUUACAAGGGGAUCGCCGACUACUGCUGCAGAAAAGGGUGCAACCGGCGCCAACUGGCGGUAGUCUGUUAAAAGAGGUGUAGGAAGGAUUAAAACGUACCUGAAAAGAAGACUUAAACAUUCAGACGUAAUGGGAAAAUUAUCGGGAAAGUAUAACGAAAACACGUAAGACCACAGGAUUCAAUGCUGAAGUUCAAAUGAAUAUGUAGUGAAGCGUUUAGGUAGCUUCUGUUUGUAUCUAAAAAGACUGCACCAGAUUCGUAUCUUUGUUCCAACAAAGGCUGUAGUAAUAUAUUUUCGGAGUAAGGUAGGCAGGACUCUACCAUGUACUAGACUAUACACUGUGGUCAGGAAUCUAGUUUAGAAGGGGAUGUAGCCGAAGGCAGAGAACAAUUAAUUCAUGACCAAAUAUAUACUUUUCUCCUGGCCAAGAUCAAGCUCUUUGGCAAUGCUGAUUCACAGGCAGACAUUGGCCAUCUGCUAUCAAGGAGCGCUGUGGCCAGAUAUUGUGGCAAUAACAUAUCAGAUCUGUUGUACUAUUUAAUGAGGAAAAGUACCAACCAUUACCUACAAACGACUAGUAGGAGUCAUAGGCUAUACUUCACAUGUUAGGUAAUAAGGAUUGGAUCUGUAGCAAUGUCCUACAUUUGAAAGACAA